AUGAUUAUAUUUGCAGCAUUACGCAAUGUGUAUUAUCUCGGUUUAGUAAUGAUUGUAAUAUCAACAUUUUUUCUCUCAAUCGAAAGAGCAAUUGCAACGCUUCUUUAUCAGACAUACGAGCGUAGUACACGCAGAUGGAUAAGUAUAUCAAUGGCUUUAUCACAGAUAACAAAUAUUCAGCUCACUGUUAUUGCUAUUCAAAUUUCCUCAUUUGUUAUUAUUAUUGUAUUGUGGACGCAUAAUAACAAAAAAUUGCUUCAACGAAAGUCUCAGAAUGAAACUGUUAGUAUACGAUAUCAAUUACGUGAGAAUGUUUCAACUUCAAAGCUAUUGGUACCACUCGGUACGAUUGUAACAAUACUUGUCCUUACUGGUGCCUUACUGCAUGUCCUGCUACCUUCACGACAAACUGAUAAUUACUGGACUAACGUCGAUCAAUUUAUAACAUAUUGUUUCUACGCUGAAAUACAGGUUUGCUUCUUGCCCAUUGCAUCAAUUAUCCUUGCUAUCAUCUUAUGCUACACAAACCAAACAAUUCGAAGCUCGCUUUUUCAUCUUCUUGGCCUAGAAUGUUGUACGAAGUACAGUGAACAGAAUUUGAUUAAUAUAUCACGAGAUGAAUUCAUCCGUCGGGCUUAUUUCGAUCAGCUACAACAACAAUGGAACGAUUUACCUUCUUGGAAUAGUUAA